AUGCCUUCCUACGACCAAGCCUACAGCCAAUCCGCCGCCUCAACCGCCCAAAACCCACCGUCUGAUCCAACACCACCAACAUCCUCUCUGCCCCCCGCCGCCCUCGACCUCGCCGCCAAACUCUUCGAUCUCGCCCGCGCCGGCACCACACCGGCUCUCCAACAAUACCUCAGCGCGGGAAUACCCAAGAACCUGACAAAUGCGUCGGGCGACACGCUGCUGAUGUUGACUUCAUAUCACGGGCACGCAGAGACGGCGCGCAUGCUGUUGGAGAAUGGCGCGGAUGCAAAUGUGCUGAAUGCGAGGGGCCAGAGUCCGAUUGCUGGCGCGGUGUUUAAAGGGUAUGAUGAUGUGGUUAGGGCGCUGUAUGAGGGCGGGGCGGAUGUGAGGUUGGGGCAGCCGAAUGCGGUGGAUUGUGCGCGGAUGUUUAAGAGGAGUUCUUGUAUGAAGUUGUUUGGUGUUGAGGAGGGGGAGGGAGUCGAGAUACCCAUUGGCGAGUCGUAA